AUGCCUGCCAUUACUACCCACUCAGGCUGUCACAUCAGGCGCCCACCUCUGCCUGAUCAACCCAAGACUCACAGGAAGGCGUCCAAUGCGGAUAAUGCCCUCGAACCUCCAAAACGGUCUUGCCCCUGCCCCCACCGUUGUGCUGGCCCCAAGAGUGUUAUCAACCAUGGCAACAACCAUCCAGAGCUGUCUAUUCGUCCUCCACCCAAGCCUUGUCCGCUUGCAUGGUCCAAGCAUUCAGGCCCCAUGACUUCAUCCACUGAAGAGGAGAUUUUUGAGGCUAGUUUCUCAAGGCGCUCAUCAAUGAUUCCAGCAACUUCUGACAUUGCUAUUGAUCAGCAAUCCCACCCAUCUCAUGUUCAACUUGCUGAUGGCACUUCGUUAACAUGUGCCAAAUUUUGCCUCCUUGCAGAUGAAGAAGUAUCUGCUGACAUCCAAGAAGGCGAUGUAGAAUCAGGCAAGCAUUUUAUUAUGAAUCCGAAUGCUAUCUCUCAAAGUCAGACAAAUGAUCUCAAUGGUAGGAAUGUCAAUGACCAGGGGACUUCAGCUACUUGUACUGAGUCCCAUGAUGCAGGGUAUAGCAACAAGGAUCAUGGCAAGGAUACUUCAGGUACCUCUACCGAGUCACGCUACCCAGAGGAAGGCAGGAAUGAUGAUGGCCACAAAACUUCAGCUACUUCUACUAACAGCCGCCCACAUAGGUCAGGUGGCAUCGAGUCAUAUGCACCUGAUUGCAGUGCCGGUGAAGAGAGCUCUCCAUCCAUCAGUGACUGGGCUGUUGACGAAGCACAGCGGAAGAAAGCGCAACAGACUGCUGAUCAUGAUAUUGCUGCGAAUCAUGGUGAAGAUGAUGAGGCUUCCUCUGAAGCUGAUCCCCCAUCUCCACCGCAAUUGAUGGCCAAGCAAAAGCAAAAGCUCAAGGUAACAGUUGAGGUCGAUGAACAUCACGGAAGCAAAGAUGAGGAUGAUGAAGACUUUGUGAAGACCAAAGGAAGAAUGCCCCAAGUAGGCAUCUUAAAGGUGCAAGAGCUUGGGAAGAAGACAUUGGAAGCUGCUAGAACACUGGGUCAAGAAUAUGGGAAGAGUGCGUGGACAAUCCUUAUCAAGGCUAGGGUUGACUAUGAAGGCUACCCGCAAGGAGUCUCCAUGGAACCAACACCAGACAUGUGGUUCGCAGCUACCCAUCCCCUGCCUAAAGGAGUAUCAGGAGUUGUCUUGCCAGAGGACAUCAAGGCUUGA